AUGACCGGCUCCUGCUGUGGCUCCACCUCCUCCUCCCUGGGCUGUGGCGGAGGCUGCUACCAGCCCUGCUGCUACCGCGACCCCUGCGGCUGCCGCCCAGUGUCCUGCCAGACCACCGUGUGCCGCCCUGUGACCUGUGUGCCCCGCUGCACGCGCUCCAUCUGUGAGCCCUGCCGCCGCCCAGUCUGCUGCGACCCGUGCAGCCUGCAGGACGGCUGCUGCCGCCCCAUCACCUGCUGCCCCACGUCCUGCCAGGCCGUGGUCCGCCGCCCCCGCUGCUGGGCCACCACCUGCUGCCAGCCCAUCUCUGUGCCGUCCCCAUGCUGCCACCCCCGCUGCUGCCAGCCCGCCCCCUGCCGCACCACCUGCAGGACCUACCCUUGCUGCUGA